AUGGCGGCAAAAAAAACACAUCAUUCUCAUAGAAGACGUAAAGCCAUGGCGGCAAAAAAAACACAUCAUUCUCAUAGAAGACGUAAAGCCAUGGCGGCUGAGCUUUCACCAGACAUAGUAUUGUUCCACAUACUAGCAAGGCUUCCGGCCAAAUCUGUAGUCCGUUUCAAGUGUGUUUCCAAAGGAUGGCACUCCUUCCUAACCACUCCGAUGUUUACCAACAUGCACCUGCACCAUCAAAAUCGCCACAAACUACUCUUCAUACCCAAAACAUCAUCAUCAUGCACCUUCCGCACUAUCGACUGUGAAUCGCCGAAAGAUGGUUUAACUGCCCCUCGCUCUCUGCCUUUUAAAGUAGAUAGUCCUCGAAACGUGUCAAUCAUAACAUCUUUCAACGGAUUGGUGUGCGUAGGAAUAAUCGAACAAGAUAAUGUGGAGGAGGAAUACUACUCUGAUCUGGUCUUAUGGAAUCCAUUGACAUGUGAGUAUAGAAUCUUGUCAAAAACCAAUGCUCAUAAAGAAUGCUAUGAGACCACAACGAGAGCGUCUGUGUUGUAUUAUACCUCUUCUGAAGAUGACUACAAGCUUCUACGUGUAACCAAUUCUUGUGAUGCUUAUAUAUACUCGUUGAAAUCUGACUUGUGGAGAAAGAUUGAGUCAACCGAGAACUUCCAUCGCUGGAUUUCUAACCAUUGUGCGUUGUUGAAUGGAAAACUCUAUUUCCUAAAAUAUGAUGAGGCUAUAAAUAAGUCACAUUUAGUUAUAAGUCUCGAUUUGAAGACCGAAAAGUUCACAGAGGUAACAACUCCCUUCUUUAGAGAUUCAACAGCAAUAUGCAUGGGUUUCACUGUUCUAAGAGGCUGCAUUCACGUUUGGAUGCUCCACCAUUCAGACUUAUGGCGCAGGAUUGAGUUGUGGAGGAUGGAUGGGGAUGGGGAUAGUUGGAUGAAGGUGGUUACUUGCACCAAUGCUGCUUGUGGUUGCACUUGGUGUGUGCAACCUCUGCACUUGAUGGCGGAUGGAAAUUGGCUCAUGCGUUAUGGAGAGUGCCUUUGCAUAACAGAUCCAAAUGAUCCACUUAAUUCCACUAGGGUUGUUACUGACAUGGGCACGGGUAUCCGUCGAAGAGGAAAAUGCAUUGAGACUUUGGUGUCACCCAAUCAAUAUAUGAAAUGA